AGCCCAUUGGGUACUUCAGAUGUAUCUCUGGACCAAUCAUUGGCUAGCGGGGUGGACAUGCGCAGCAGUGCCGUACGCGUUGCUGGCGACUACACCAAAAGAAAAAAUGUCUUGCGAGUAUCGGCAGUGAAACCCUGUAGAUCAGAGUUUCUCAUCCAAGCGGAAGGAAGUGAAGACUUUGCUGAUUGGGUGAAGACCCUGCAAGAACAAGCAGCAGUCAGCACCGAAGCAGAGUUGGAUCCCAGUAUUAGUCGUCAGCAGGCUGUACCUCAACAGGUUCCAGCUUCGACGACGUUUCAAGUGCAAGGCAGUCAUUUAUCUCCACAGCCAGCCACGAAGAAUGGCAAAUCUAUUAAUGCUGGUAGAAAUAGAUCACCGACUGGCCAAUCACCAGUCAGCAAAACCAGAAAGCCUUCCUCUCACCAUACUGACAUUGCUGGUGCUACUAGUCCUAAGAGUAAAACUUGGAGAGGUAGAGUCGCUAAACAGCUUAAGAAAUUUUCAUGGGCCAAUUCUCCUAGUUCUCCGACAGCUGUAGAAGGCUCUACGUUUGGUAUACCAAUUCAGGAUUGCAUAUUCUCAAAUAACAAUACCUAUUUACCAAAGUUCAUUGAGGUAUGCACUGAUAUCAUAGACGCGAGCUUGCAAACAAUCGGAAUAUACAGAGUUCCUGGAAACAACGCUUCCAUUACAGCCUUAAGCGACGAAAUAAAUCGCAAUUUUAUUGAUGUUCCUUUGGAGGACCCCCGAUGGAAAGAUUUACACGUAGUCAGUAGUUUAUUGAAAGCCUAUUUAAGAAAGAUGCCGGAUAGUUUAGUAACGUCCGCUCUAUACCCUCAUUUCAUCAAGGCCGAUAAAAUAAAAGAUCCUAAAGUGAGAUUGGAAGAACUAAGGAAACUAGUGCGUAAUCUUCCGAAACAUAACUACCACACGUUGAGACACGUGAUUCGGCAUCUGAAAAGAGUGUCGGACAAUUCGCAAGUCAAUAAAAUGGAAGCCAAGAACUUGGCUAUUGUAUUUGGACCGACUAUUGUUAGGCCGGAAGAUGAAACCAUGGAAAGUAUGGUUACGAACAUGAAUAGUCAGUGUCAGAUAGUAGAAAGCUUGAUUACUAAUGCGGAUUGGUUCUUCCCAGAAAGUGAAGGAGAAAACGAAGCUCCAAUUGUACCUUUAGCACUACCCGAUCAUUGUGAAGAGUUUGAAACUAAUAGCCAGGCAUUGCUAAAUAACAUUAGCAAAUACGAAGCUUUAAAGGAUCAGAAGGAAAAGAAUGGAGCACUGCUUUCCUCAUUGUUUUCAGCUGCUCAAAGAAAAGUUAUGCGAAAACCAUCUAGGACUCAUCCAAAUGAACCUAACCAGGAGGAACCUACGACGCCCACUAGUCCAAAGGCAUUUGUGCAAUUUUCACUGGCUGCAGAAUCAAAAGAGAACACUGGACACGGAAUGACUGUAAAACCGAACACUAUACCUACGACUGUUAUGGAUAUAGAAAAGAAAGAUCGGAGCAAACCGCCUGUAGAGAAGAAUCCUUGGUUCAAUUACCAACAGGAUAAGGAUGAUUUCUAUAGGAGAGUGGAGAGUUUCAAGCAGGAAACGGAAGCGAUGCUUCAACGGCCCAGGAAAACGGAGAUAUCUGUACCAAAUAUAGAUCCCAAAACAGGUCAUUUGAGUUCCUCUGUGAGCAACGUGAACGCAGGACGUCUAUCGGGAAAACCCCAAGAUUUUCUACUAACCAAGACUCACAGUGCUACCAAUGUAUUUACUAGGCCUUCGCUUCCUCCUACCAACCGCAACAGCCUAAACUCAAUGGACUCGAAAAAUAUUCGUGCAAUACAACACCGUGGAUCCCAGUGGGAAAAACGAGUCUUGUAUGGUGACGGAGUAGAUGGAAAAAUAAGCCGGUAUCCAAUGAGAAGGGGUAGUUCUGCGGAGAACAUAAAUUGUAGCACGUUGGAUCUAAAUUCUAACGGAGGAAUGAAGAAAGUCAAGUAUGAAAGUGAGAAUGAUAGUCAAAGAAAAGGAUCAUUAGAUUCCUUAAAUAAACUUCAAGGUGAUGAAGGCUCUAACCCUUCACUGACGCCAGUCGUCGGCUGGCGGUCAGUUAGACCUCCCACAGCUGCACCCCAAAGACCUCCUAGAACUCGUCAUUUGUACAAUCGUCUGAGUUUAAGAAUGAAAGAGGAGAAGGAAGUGGAUACGCGUGCUUCCGACGAUGUACCUGAUAACGAGAAUUUACAUCUCUGUAACUGUAAUAGCCAAUACGUUAACACCGGUCAGAAGUUGAAGAGGUCGGAGUCGUUAAACAAACCCGACAAGACGACAGUAUCGACCAUCAAAGUUAAGAGAAGCGAAAGUUUGAACAAGACCGGAGAUAAGUUAAAACGUUCCGGACAGUCUAACAAAAAACGAAAAAAGACCGAGAGCAACAUCAACAAACGGCGAGAACUGUUGUCUUCCGGACGCAGACUGAAGGAAUCGACGAAGAACAAGAGGAAGAACGGAAUGCCUGACCUGUCGAUCAAACGGAGACACACAGUGGGAGGCACGAAGGACCCGGACAAAGUGACCUUACGGAUAACAAGAACCAAGACGAAAACAAUCCCAACGCGGAAAAUAAUAAGGAGAAAGGUAUCCGGACCCAGUUCUCCAGAUCUCAGUUCGACGCGUAGGGAGCGAUUCUUGUUCGAGAUCAGCCUCAUAGGACCCGAGAACAUGGUGGUGGCUCUGAGGCAGCACCUGAUGGGAUCCAGGCCUCCAGAGCUUCCCGAGUCGAACGUCUUCAAAAUGCAUCUAGAAUCUCAAUGUCUAACGUUCGUGCCUUUAAGGAUCACAAUUUCUUGCUCGCAGGUUAGUACAAGACCAAAAUCUUAG